GCUGCGCGCUCCCGUCUCUCUGACAUUCCGCCUGCUCUCACGUGUUUUCUGUGUAUAAAAGGGUCUCAGUCUCUGCUCAUCAUGUCCAGUGUGUCACCAGACAAACGGAGGAAGAUGGAGUCAGCGCUGAACCAGCUGAAGAAGCACACCGUGGUGGUGGCAGACACGGGAGAUUUUAACGCCAUUGAUGAGUACAAGCCCCAAGAUGCCACCACUAACCCAUCUCUUAUCCUGGCUGCUGCUAAGAUGCCAGCCUACCAGCACCUGUUGGAUCAGGCCAUUAAAUACGGCAUCGCCAAAGGCGGAACUGAAGAGGAGCAGGUAGCCAACACCAUGGACAAGCUGUUUGUGACUUUUGGGCUGGAGAUUCUCAAGAAGGUCCCAGGCAGAGUUUCCACUGAGGUGGAUGCCAGACUAUCUUUCGAUAAAGAGGAAAUGGUUGCCAAGGCCCUCAGGCUCAUUGCUCUCUAUGAAGAGGCAGGUAUCAGCAAGGAGCGUGUGCUCAUCAAGCUGUCAUCAACGUGGGAGGGGAUCCAGGCCGGCAAGGAGCUUGAGGAGAAGCACGGUGUUCACUGCAACAUGACCCUGCUGUUCUCUUUUGCUCAGGCUGUGGCCUGUGCAGAAGCAAACGUGACUCUUAUCUCACCCUUUGUUGGACGCAUCCUCGACUGGUACAAGGAGAAUACAGACCGUAAGAGCUACGAGCCACACGAGGACCCAGGUGUGCUGAGUGUGACCAAGAUUUACAACUACUACAAGAAGUUUGGCUAUAGCACGGUGGUGAUGGGCGCCUCCUUCAGAAACACGGGGCAGGUAAAAGCCCUGGCAGGCUGUGACCUGCUCACCAUCUCCCCUGGGCUGCUGGCAGAGCUCAGCCAGGAUCACAGCUCCGUUACAGAGAUGCUGAACGUGGAAAAAGCCAAGGCCUGUGAUCUGGAGAAGAUCCACCUAGAGGAGAAAGAUUUCCGCUGGCAGCACAACGAGGACCGCAUGGCCGUGGAAAAACUGUCCGACGGCAUCCGCAAGUUUGCUGCUGACGCCAUCAAGCUGGAGACCAUGAUCAAGGAGAAAAUGCUCAACGUGAAAAAUGGCCAGUAACGGGCAGAUGUGGCGUCUCCGGCCGUGUUGUCAGGAAGCAUAAGGAGUUAGGAGCCCGCCUUCUUUGUCCUCAGCUACCUGACAGAAGGUCCAAAGCACCAGAAGGCCUUUCCUCUCCUCAUCUGACCAAACUCCAGGGACCUCCUGAACAGACACCUUUCCUCUCUUAGGCUGGGACUGACACUAUUUUCUGACCAAACAUAAUGUAAAUGAUGAUUAAUGCUAAUGUUGGUGUGGAGUUGUUGUAAAAUAGUCUUAAUAUUUACUAGAAACUUGGCCAGAGGAGGAACAAAAGAAGAAACGGCUUAAUGAGACUUGGCUUAGUCUCUUUGAGUAUUAAUCAUGUGACUACUACACAGGACCAUUUUGACAAUUUUGUUACAGACUUUAGACAAAUGAAGACAAUUGUACCAUCAUUCCUCAGAAUCUUUCACAUUUUGCUCUUUUGAAUAAAUGAAUAUCUCAGCCUUCA